AGUUCGGAUGCACAUUCCUGGUUAAAAGCGGACGCGGCUACCGGCCGGAGCCAGCGGCUCCGAGGAGGGUCUGAGAGGACGGGCGACCGAGCGGAGGACCGGGUGGGGAACAAGGUGCGGCUUCGCGCUUCCGGCGCCCAGCUUCCGGCUCCGGGUUUGGGCCUGGGGCAGAGGCGGAGCCACCGCCCGCCGCGACUUUCAGACUCGCACCAUGGCUAUGCGUUGGUCGUGCUGGCGGCGCGGCUGCUCCUGGAGGUCGGCGGCAGUCGGGAGCCCGCGACCGGGACGCCCUGGCUGUGCGGGGCCGCUCGAGACGCGCGCUGCCUCGGACACCCGCGCGCAGAUACCCUAUUUUAGUCUUAUGAAGAUUUUAACAUCUGCCUCCCCAAAUACACAUAGUAUAUCACAGUUUCAUCAAAGGACACCAGCAAUAUGCUGUUGUAGUCAAACUCAGAGUGGUGAGAAAUACAGUGAUCCUUUUAAACUUGGCUGGAGAGACUUGAAAGGUCUGUAUGAAGACAUUAGAAAGGAGCUGCACAUCUCCACCAGAGAACUAAAGGACAUGUCUGAGUACUACUUUGAUGGCAAAGGAAAAGCUUUUAGACCGAUUAUUGUGGUGCUAAUGGCCCGAGCGUGUAAUAUUCAUCAUAAUAACUCCCGAGAUAUGCAAGCCAGCCAGCGCUCCAUAGCCUUAGUUGCAGAAAUGAUCCACACUGCUACUCUGGUUCAUGAUGAUGUUAUUGACGAUGCAAGUUCUCGAAGAGGAAAACAUACAGUUAAUAAAAUCUGGGGUGAGAAAAAGGCUGUUCUUGCUGGAGACUUAAUUCUUUCUGCAGCAUCUGUAGCUCUGGCACGGAUUGGAAAUACAGCUGUUGUAUCUAUGUUAGCCCAAGUUAUUGAAGAUUUAGUGCGUGGUGAAUUUCUUCAGCUAGGGUCAAAAGAAAAUGAGAAUGAAAGGUUUGCCCACUACCUUGAGAAGACCUUCAAGAAGACAGCCAGUCUGAUAGCCAACAGUUGUAAAGCAGUCUCUGUUCUAGCUUGCCCUGAUCCAGUGGUACAUGAGAUUGCCUAUCAGUAUGGGAAAAAUGUUGGAAUAGCUUUUCAGCUCAUAGACGAUGUAUUGGAUUUCACCUCAUGUUCUGACCAGAUGGGCAAGCCAACAUCUGCAGACCUGAAGCUAGGCAUAGCCACCGGCCCUGUCUUGUUUGCUUGCCAGCAGUUCCCAGAAAUGAAUGCUAUGAUAAUGAGACGGUUCAGUUUGCCAGGAGAUGUGGACAAAGCACGACAGUAUGUAUUACAGAGUGACGGCGUGCAGCAAACCACCUACCUCGCCCAGCAGUACUGCCACAAAGCAGUGAGAGAGAUCAGGAAGCUCAGGCCAUCCACAGAAAGGGACGCCCUCAUUCAGCUUUCAGAAAGUGUGCUCACAAGAGAUAAAUGACAGUUCUUUCUGUUCUUUUGGGCAGCUAUCUUACCAGACUGUGCCUAAUGAAUUUUGUGAAACACUAUUUGCUUCAUGUGCGGAAAACCAAAAAUCAUUUUAAAAAAUAAUUUCAACCUUAUUGAUGGGCAAUUUUUUUAUUGGCAAAGUUUUUCAGAAAACUUUUUAAAUGUAAUUAAACCAAUGUCAUUAUAGUCCUAUAAAUCUAAUCGAGGUAUCCUGAUGGUUAUAUGUGGUAUUGUUUACAUUGUUAAUGCCCACAUGUAAAGCCAUUACACAAAUAAAUAAUCAAUGUUAAAAUUCAA